UAUUUAUAGUGAGCAACAAUACAUAAAAUAUCAAAUAUGGUGCUUGAUUUGGUAAAUGAGUGGGUGAUCAUAGUGCUUGAUGAGUAGAUGAUCAUAGUGCUUGAUGAGUAGAUGAUCAUAGUGCUUGAGUUGGUAAAGGAGUGGAAGAUCAUUUCAAAGUUUAUCUUAUAACAGGUUUAUUUUUGUCAAUCUGAUUCUUUUUCCUUUACCCAAAAAUUACUUUAAACCUUGGUUUUAAUUUUAAAAGUCACGCAAGGCUAAACGCUUUAAUCCUCUAGACCCCUGGUUUCGUUUAUACUCUCUCUCUCUGAUGUCAUCAACACACCGUUAGUGGCAGAGUUUCCUAUAAUUUGAAUAAUCUUCUUUUGGUGUUGCUUUAAUCUAGUGCUGGGAAUUUGGGUCAUUACCCGCGGGUUCCGCCCCGUUUGAUCCGCCGCGGGACGGGUGCGGAUCGAUCGAUUUACAAAUUUCAGCAUGCGGGUGCGGGUACGGGUGCUGGUUGAGUCGAUUUUUAGCGGGGCGGGUGCGGGUCAACCAAAUUUGAGUCGCGGGUACCCGCCGACCCGCAAAAUAAAAAGAAAAUAUUAUUUUUUUCUAAUUUUUUUUUAAAAUAAAUAAAAAUAAAAAUAAAAAUAUGUAAAAAAAUAUAUAAAUUAAUGAAAAUUAUAUAAUUUAAAUUAUAAAUGUAUAAUUUUUAUUAUACAAAGUAAUUAAUUGAUAAUAAAAAUAAUUAUUUAUUAAAUUUAAUAUUAUAUGCGGGCCCCGCGGGUUACCCGCAAUCUUAACGGCGUGGGUGCGGGUUUACGAUUUUUCUUUCGCGGGUUAUGCGGGUCGGAAUUUUGAGUUUAAAAAAUAGAGUCGAUCCGCGGGUUGGCGGGUCAUGCGGGACGGGUUGACUCACGAACCCAGCCCUACUUUAAUCGGGCUGGCGAUCUAUUUCUCCACCGGAACUAUGGUGUCGCACUAUUUCUCCAUCAAACUAUUGCCUCGUUUCAUUUCCCCACCAAACGAAAGUUAAAUAUCUAUAUACCCACCAUAUCAAAGUUAAAUAUCUCUUUCCCCACCCGACAAAAAUUAAACAUUCAAAUCCACAUAAAACCAUGUUGAGUUGGUUUAUUAGUUUGGUUAAGACGGGUUACUCAUACCGAAUCUCGACUUAACCGAACUUAAUUAUUUUAACCCGACUUAAACAUCCUAAUCUAUCUAAACCCAAAAAAUCCCCAAAUCAAAAACCCAAGAACCCUAGAACGUGAAAUAGAGAGAGUGGGAUAGAAUUCCUGAGAGAAAACAACAGGAAAUCGAUUGAAUUCGUGUUUACCAUGUCUGUAGUACCUAUAAUCGGCGAAGGAGAGUUCGAAAUUGAUGAUGAAGAAGUUGAGCGAGAAGAGUUUGAACUCGACGAAUUGUUGCAAAAUUUCGUGAGUGAGCCGCCAAUUCAGCAUGACGUCUUGCCUGAGAGUGAUGAAGAUAAUGAGGAAGAAGAAGAUCCUGAAGCCCCACAGAGAAUGAGGACGCAUAUACGCCGUGGUGAUGGGCAUUUGUACCGAGACCAGACAUUCUUCAAUGGUGUGGCUUUCAAAGACAGAGUCCUCGAUUAUGCUCUUAGGACUCGCUGCAAUAUCAGACAAUACAGGUAUGAUAAGGAUAAGCUUGGUUUCGAAUGUGCUGGUCUUGGUGAGAAUGAUGAAGCUUGUGGCUGGAAAAUUUAUGCUUCGAUCCUUCCGAAGGAUAAAAUUUGGAGAGUUAGGUUGUUUGUAGAUAACCAUACAUGUGAGGUUAAUGGAGAGUGUGAGAUGGUGAAGGUCCCUGUGAUAGCUAGGUUGUUUGUGAACAAGAUCCGUGAAGAGCCGGCAUACUAUAUGCCUAUGAAGAUCGAGGAAUUGAUCAUGGCAAAUUGGUCUAUUAGUGUGUCUAGGCCUCAGUGUCAAGCUGGUAGGAAUAAAGCUUUGAAGUGGAUUAAGAGUGAACAUGAUCAACAGUUUGCACGCCUUAAAGAUUAUGCUGCCGAGAUAGUAGAAUCAAAUCCUGGUUCUUCUGUUGAAGUAGACACGUUCCAGAAUGAUGAAGGUCAAGAUGUCUUCAAUCGAAUCUAUAUUUGCUUUGACGCCCUAAGGAAUACUUGGAAGGAGAGUUGUAGGCCAUUGAUAGGACUUGAUGGUUGCUUUCUCAAAGAAAGAAUCAAGGGACAGUUAUUGGUUGCUUUAGGUAGAGAUGCAAACAAUGCAAUUUAUCCUAUAGCUUGGGCUGUUGUAAAGGUGGAAAAUAACGAGAAUUGGCAAUGGUUUAUGCAAAAACUGAAGGUUGAUUUGGAUCUAAAGGAUGGUGACAAUUACAUUGCUGUCUCAGACCGUAGCCCGGUAAGUUUUUUGUUUUUUUUUUUGAUUGAAAUCACUGUUUCUUUAUGUUGUUGUUUGAUUAAUUUUGUGGUUCUGUAUCAGGGAUUGAUCAGAGCUAUUAAGAUAGAGUUGCCUAAGAUGGAGCAUCGGAAGUGUGUAAGACACAUCUACGGGAAUUUGAAGAAGAAACAUGGCAACAAAAAACAGAUGAAGUCUUACAUAUGGAGUGUAGCAUGGAGCUACAAUGAAGCAAAGUAUCAGCAAAACUUGGACAGGUUAAGUUGCUACGAUACAGGUGUGUAUACAGAUGUUAUGGCUACAAAUCCGAGGAGUUGGUGCCGAGCUUUCUUCAAGCUGGGAAAUUACUGCGAAGAUGUGGAGAACAACUCGACAGAGUCCUUUAACAGCUCCAUCAACAAGGCAAGAGAGAAGUCAUUUGUGCAUAUGCUCGAAACAAUAGCAAGACUUGCUAUGGUGCGUAUAGCCACAAGAUCCAGAGAAUCUCAUGAACACCAAGGAAAAUGUACACCAUAUGUGCAGAGAGUUCUCGCUAAGGCUCUUGUUGAUAAGCCCUUUAAAGACGGAGCCAACAAAUGUGUUGUUAGAAGAAGCGUUAAAGGCUACUUUGACUCAAGAUUGAAUGGCCAUACUCAUCGUGUCCAUUUGGAGAAAAGAACUUGUUCGUGCAGAAAGUUCGACAUCACUGGAAUUCCAUGUAAGCAUGCAUAUGGUGUGAUGCUGAAGUUAAAGGUUGAUCCGUCAGACUUUGUUUGUGAGUGGUUUCGCACGGCUAAGUGGAGAAGAAACUACACAGAUGGAAUUGUUCCAGUCCGGGGUUCUAUGUUUUGGCCCAAAACAGAUGCUCCUGAUGUACAUGCUCCACCUUAGAGGAUGAACAAGGGGAAGAAACAGAGGGAGAACGAGGGAAAGAAACAGGGAAGAAGAAGAAGAAGCUCACCAAAGCGGAUAAGACAAGGAAAAGAGGUGUGAAUGAGUCACCAACCAAGAAGCUACCAAAAGCCAAGAAAAGGACUAUGCAUUGUGCCAUUUGUGGUAAGGCUAAUCACAACUCGAGGUGGCAUACAAAGCAGGGCAAGCAUGAUGAUUCGGUACCGGUAAGCACAUCUCAAACUGCAGGUGAAUCCUCACAAGGAACUCUCACUCAAGCUAGUGUUUCUCAAGCUUGAAUGAUUUGAUAUGUAAUGGCAUCUAUUAUCUUUUGUUUUGAACUUAAUUUUCGACAGCUAUGUAAUGACAUAUAUCUUUGGUUUUGAACUUAAUGGUCUUGGAUCCAUGUAAUGUAAUGACAUUUAUCUA